AUGGCGUCUCUUCACAAACUGCUGUCCGAACAAGGAUUCGAGCGCCAAAUAUCAAGAAAGCCCAACAAAAAGGUGAAAUUCAAAAGUGGCCCUCAGCCACAGGACUCCGUCAGCCUCCCCAUCUUCAUCUGCCACGAUCGCCGGAGCUUCGGCUCCCCUUCAUCCAACAAGCCGGAAAAGGCACCUCCGGCGAGGAACACAUCCGUAAUUUCGUCCGAUACGGGAAAUACUCCAAGAAAAGAAGAACCCGCCAUAGACUCCGCUGCCAUUAAGGCCAUCGUGUCCAUUUUGUGCGGCUAUGUUGGCCGGUACUCGAAAGACGAGGUUUUUAGAAGAAAUAUCAAAGAAAAAUGCAAUCUUUAUCUCGCACAUGGGAAUCACAUAAGCUCAGGGGAUGAGAUUUGGGCUCAUCUUGAAAUGGGCAUUGAGAGAAUCGAUAGGUUGAUCCAUUUUCAAGAGUCCAGUAAAGAGAUAAUUUUAGAGUCUUUGCAAAAAGCCAUUAAGCUUCUCAAGAUUGUGGCUUCUUUGGGCUCGAAAUCGAACCUCUCGGCCUGCGCGCAUCUCUACUUGUCGAUAGCUUACAAAUUUGCCAACAAUGAAAAAGUCUCUGCAAGAUACCUUUUGAAGCUUUUUAGCGAUUCUCCGUAUCUAGCGCGGACCUGCUUGCUUCCCGAGCUGUGGGAGCAUGUUUUCUUGCCUCAUCUUCUUCAUAUAAAAGUGUGGCGUGAAAACGAGCUCGGUUUUCUCACGGGCUUGGGUUAUAUUGCCGAGAGGAAGAGAAAAGUCGAAGCUUUGGAUAAACAGUUUGAUCAUCUUAUGGAUAUUGGGACGAAGAAGUUUGCAGUUUAUUACAAUGAGUGGCUUAAAUUUGGUGGUUCGAAUCAGACCCCUUAUGUUGUUCCUUCGGUGCCUUCGCCUUCGAAAUCUAGUUUUUCGCGAUCAAGAAGGAAAUCGUUGGAUUCGGGUGCUACUUUUCAUGCCACUAGCAACAAAUCUUUGUACCAGACGGUUUUCGGCCCGUUUACAAAGUCCCGGUCAAUGGAAAAUGUACGUAAUUCAGAAGUAGCAUGCGGUGGUGAAGAAUAUGAGACACAUUUCAGCCUUGUUGAUAAAAAAACUAGCUCUAGUAGAAGGUCAUCAAGUCAGAGUAAUAGAUCACAUAAGCGCGAUUUGUGGCUCGACAGCAAAAGUUCAGAUAAUUACUUCAGAUUCUUGGGUUGCCGGGCCGAAAACUUAACUGACUCUAAAGUCCACACACACCACAUGUUGAUGAACGAGAAAAUCAAGACUGACGAAAAUUCCCAUCGUCCGUAUGUUAACGACGUAACCACAAGUGCAAUUUCCACUAUUUGCUCCUCAGAAAGCCUACCCGAAUGUGAAAAAGCAGUUCGUAUGAUAACCGAAGCCUGGCUAAGUUCAUAUUCCCAUGGAGAUGGAAAAAAAAUCGAGAUCUCGUUAUCACGGGCUUCGGCAAUACAAGGAAUAAUGGAAGUACUCUAUGUCUCCACAGACGACGAGAUUCUUGAACUGGCAUUGUCGCUCUUAGCCGAGCUCGUGUUCAAAAACGAGACCAAUCGUCAGUGGGUACUGAAUUCAGACCCAAAUCUCGAUAUUUCGAUAAAACUAUUCAGAAGCAGUAGCCUAUUCUUAAAAGCCGCAGCUUUGCUUUACCUCAUAAAACCAAAAGCAAAACAAAUGGUGUCGAUCGAGUGGGUCCCACUAGUCCUUCGGGUGCUUGAAUUUGGCGAUCACUUAGAAGUUUUGUUCGACGUAAAGUGCUAUACUCACGAGGCCGCGUAUUACUUUCUAGAUGAGCUUCUAACGGGUUUUGAUGAGGACAAAAAUCUAGAGAAUGCUCAGCAAAUUGUCUUGCUCGGCGGUUUAAGUUUACUGGUGAGGAGAAUGGAUGAAGGGGACAUUAAUGAGAAGAGUAAAGCUUGUGCUGUUCUUCACUGUUGUGUUAAGGCCGAUAGAAUUUGCCGAUAUUACUUGGCGAAAAAUUUGAACAAAGAGACGAUUAUAUCCCUGCUGGCGAUCGGGAUGAACACAAAUUCGACAAAUUCUUAUUAUGAGCAUGCUCUUGGAUUGAUGACAGAGUUAUUAUGCCUUAGCAGGAGGAACCAAAUAACCGAAUGUUUAUCCGGGAUCAAGAAAGGAUGGGAUUGCUUAAACACCAAGCAAAUUUUGCUGUUCCUUCUCCAGGGGGCGCUGCCCGAAGAUCGACCUGCUGUUGCAGUCAUAUUGCUGCAGCUACAACUUAUGGACGAAAGCCAGGAGACUAGAGAAUAUAGUGUGUACAGAGAAGAAGCUAUAGACGCAAUCGUAAAAGCGCUAGAGUAUCAGAUUUUUGACGAGAAAAUUCAAGAGCUAUCAGCUAGAGCUUUGUUGAUUUUGGGAGGACAGUUUUCUUAUACUGGAGAGCCCGAAAUCGAGCGAUGGCUUCUCAAAAAGGCUGGUCAUGAAGAAGAGGAUGUGAAGAGCCUAAGCUUGAAUGAAGAUGAAAAAAUGAUGGAAAAAUGGCAGCAGAAAACUGCAAAAGCUCUGCUUUCAAGCGGAAACACUAGACUUUUAACAGCACUUUCGGAUUCAAUAGCGAGCAGCAUUCCAUGUUUAGCACGAGCGAGUCUAGUGACUGUUUGCUGGAUUAGUAUCAGUAUACAUUCGCUCGGAGAUAAAGAGCUCCAGCUUGCAGCAUGCUCGAUUUUGGUGGUACAAUUGAUAGACUAUUUGAGGGAUAAAAGUACAAACAUGGAGGAAAAGAUUCUAGCUUCAUUUGCAGUGUAUAAUCUCACAAAGAGUACAGAUUACUUUUCUUGGUUUUUGCAAUCGGAGGAGGUUCUCGGUUGCCUGCGCAAGCUAUCGCGAACGACAUGGACGGCGAAAGAGCUAGUUUCGGUUAUCACAAUGAAAUCGUCAGAUUCAACUGUCAAUCACAGAUUAUAG